AUUCGCGAGUGAAUUCCAGAAUCCAGAGAGCUGUCAGGGGAAGAUUACCGCUGCAUAACCCUAUCUCUUCCACGCCCCGGCGGCGCGGCCUCCCGCCUCCCCAUCCCGGUGUUCUCCGAUUUGGGGGGCGUUCCUUGCCUGCUCCGGUCUGUUCGUCCGGGUUCCGGUCCAGCAGAGCGCGCUACGGCACAGAUCGGCCGCCGUCCGUCCCUUCCCUAGACCUCCAGACCAUCCACCGCCGCGUCGACUGAUUUCUAGAUAACUGGGUAAGGCCGAGCUCAUGCAAAAUGGUUCUGUGCCAGGGCGUAUCUGUUGGAAAUGCUCAGCUGCUAGCUUUUCCUGGUAGAUCAUCAAGUCUUAAGAGAACCCAGUUUCAUGUUAAGGCGAAUCAUUUUCCUGCAAGAGCUCUACGUGUUGUCACUGAUUCCAUUCAUCAUGGCAUGCCUACAUCAUUCCUGAGGGAAAAUUCUGUCAGGGGCAUCCCAUCACUCUCAAGACAGCACAACCUACAUCCAAGGUCCGUUAGUUGUCAGGCAUCCUCACUGGCAUCUUUCAGUUACCCUGAGCUGACAUCCAAACCCAGAUGGUGGUGGAGAACUCUAGCUUGUGUGCCGUACUUACUGCCACUGCACAACAUGUGGUCUUAUGCCGAUGUGAUCUACCAGCUUCACACUUACUUGCAGGGGUUUUCGCUGUUGUAUACCUUCAUUGAUACCAUGACUCUGUGUCCUGGGUGGCUCUUUCUGGUGAUAUUUAUGACAGUGUACUUCUUCGUUGUGAGGCGGAAGUGGUCGCCGCACUUUCUGAGGUUCCAUGUGAUCCUAGCGAUCCUUCUGGACACUGGCUCCCAAGCAGUGGCCACCAUGUGUACCUGGAUGCCAAGCAUCGUUUAUCAGGGGAAGGCAAUGCAGUACUUCUGGAUGUCUAUCGCAUUUAUACAGAUCUUCACAGUGCUCGAGUGUUUGCGGUGUGCUCUUUGUGGAAUGUAUCCUGAUGUCCCAUUCAUAUCCCACACCGCUUUCAUUCACUCUGAUCUGAAUCUGUUCAGAUAGGUGCUUACUACAUAAAUUCCAGGAUUCAGAAAGGGUGGUUUUUUUGAAAUGGCUACUUACAGUUGUAGAGGGUGUGUUUUUUGUUUUGUUCAUAUAGAAGUCCUGUGUAAUUCUUAUCAUAGGACCAGCUGUUAUAAUAGCAUUCGAACAACACUGCAAUUGAUUUUCGUUCCUCAGAAGUUAUUGUUUGUAAGUUUGGCUACCUGCAAAUUUUAUUUCGACGGGCAGUACUUGUUUAUCCUAA